UGUAAAACUCGCAUUUGUUUUACAGAUCUAUGAUGGCAAAGACAACACUGCUCACUUGCUGGGUGCGUAUACUGGGGCAUCAUUAAGAGGCCUGACGCUAAGUAGUACUUCAAAUCAUUUGUGGUUGGAAUUUAACUCAGAUAUGGAGGGCACUGAUGAAGGUUUUCAGCUUGUGUAUACCAGUUUUGAGCUUUCGCAUUGUGAGGACCCUGGUGUGCCACAGUUUGGAUAUAAAAUCAGUGACCAAGGCCAUUUUGCUGGAAGCACUAUAAUUUAUGGAUGCAAUCCAGGUUACACACUCCAUGGAAGUAGCCUUCUAAAGUGUAUGACUGGGGAAAGAAGGGCAUGGGACUAUCCUCUACCAUCAUGUAUUGCUGAAUGUGGAGGCCGUUUCAAAGGAGAAUCAUCAGGAAGAAUCUUAUCUCCUGGAUAUCCUUUUCCUUAUGACAACAAUCUGCGUUGCAUGUGGGUGAUUGAAGUAGAUCCAGGAAAUAUUGUCAGCCUCCAGUUUCUUGCUUUUGAUACUGAGGCAUCCCAUGACAUUCUAAGAGUUUGGGAUGGUCCACCUGAGAAUGAGAUGUUACUCAAAGAAAUUAGUGGAUCCCUUGUUCCUGAAGGCAUACACAGUACUCUCAACAUCGUAACUAUCCAGUUUGACACAGAUUUUUAUAUCAGUAAAUCUGGAUUCGCCAUACAGUUUUCAAGUUCUGUAGCUACUGCCUGCCGUGAUCCUGGUGUCCCCAUGAAUGGAACUAGAAAUGGCGACGGGAGAGAACCUGGAGACACUGUAAUUUUUCAGUGUGACCCUGGCUAUGAACUGCAAGGAGAUGAAAGAAUAACCUGCAUUCAGGUAGAAAAUCGAUACUUCUGGCAGCCCAACCCACCAGUCUGUAUAGCUCCCUGUGGAGGAAACUUGACUGGCUCAUCAGGUUUUAUACUUUCACCAAACUUCCCUCAUCCUUAUCCUCAUAGCAGAGACUGUGACUGGACUAUCACUGUUAAUAAUGAUUAUGUUAUAUCAUUAGCAUUUAUCAGUUUCAGUAUAGAACCAAAUUAUGAUUUUCUUUAUAUCUAUGAUGGGCCAGAUGGUAAUAGCCCACUGAUUGGGAGCUUUCAAGAUAGCAAGCUGCCAGAGAGGAUAGAAAGCAGUUCAAAUACCAUGCAUCUGGCUUUUCGGAGUGAUGGGUCUGUUAGUUUUACUGGAUUCCACCUAGAGUACAAAGCAAAACUUCGUGAGUCUUGCUUUGAUCCUGGGAAUAUAAUGAAUGGAACAAGACUUGGAAUGGAUUAUAAACUGGGGUCAACUGUCACAUAUUACUGCGAUGCAGGUUAUGUUCUUCAAGGAUAUUCUACACUAACAUGUAUCAUGGGAGAUGAUGGAAGACCUGGAUGGAACAGAGCCCUGCCCAGUUGUCAUGCACCCUGUGGAAGCCGGUCAACAGGCUCUGAAGGCACUGUGUUAUCACCAAAUUACCCCAAGAAUUAUAGUGUUGGUCACAACUGUGUUUACUCUAUCACCGUUCCUAAGGAAUUUGUGGUUUUUGGCCAGUUUGUAUUUUUCCAGACUUCACUCCAUGAUGUUGUUGAAGUAUAUGAUGGCCCAACUCUGCAGUCAUCUUUGUUAUCCUCUCUAUCAGGAUCUCAUUCAGGUGAAUCCCUUCCAUUGAGCUCAGGUAACCAGAUCACUGUUAGAUUUACUUCAGUUGGACCAAUAACAGCUAAAGGAUUUCAUUUUGUUUAUCAAGCGGUUCCAAGAACAAGUGCAACACAGUGCAGCUCUGUGCCUGAACCGAGAUUUGGAAAAAGAAUUGGAAAUGAAUUUGCAGUUGGGUCACUGGUUCUUUUUGAGUGCAAUCCAGGCUAUAUCCUCCAUGGGUCAACAGCAAUUAGAUGUGAUACAGUACCAAAUGCCUUGGCACAGUGGAAUGAUUCACUCCCUACAUGUGUUGUGCCCUGUGGUGGAGUUUUAACAAAGCGCAAAGGGACCAUUUUGUCUCCUGGUUACCCUGAGCCUUACGACAACAAUCUGAAUUGUGUGUGGAAGAUUACAGUACCAGAGGGAGCUGGGAUUCAAGUGCAAGUGGUGAGUUUUGCCACAGAACACAACUGGGAUUCCUUAGACUUUUAUGAUGGUGGUGACAACAAUGCUCCAAGGCUUGGAAGUUAUUCAGGAACAACCAUACCUCCACUUCUCAACAGCACAUCAAAUAAUCUGUACCUAAAUUUUCAGUCUGAUAUCAGUGUUUCAGCUGCUGGAUUUCAUCUUGAGUAUACAGCUAUAGGUUUGGACUCCUGUCCUGAACCACAGACCCCAAGCAAUGGGAUCAAAAUUGGAGACAGAUACAUGGUUGGAGACGUUGUGUCUUUCCAAUGUGAUCAGGGUUAUUCUCUUCAGGGACAUUCGCAUAUCACCUGUAUGCCUGGACCAGUAAGAAGAUGGAAUUAUCCGAUUCCAAUAUGUUUAGCACAAUGUGGUGGUGGCACGUCAGACUUCAGUGGAGUGAUCCUCAGCCCUGGGUUUCCUGGCAACUAUCCUAGCAGUUUGGAUUGCACAUGGACAAUAAAGCUGCCCAUUGGUUUUGGUGUCCAUUUGCAAUUUGUUAAUUUCUCGACAGAGACCAUUCACGAUUACUUAGAAGUUAGGAGUGGAUCUACAGAAACUAGCACUGUUAUUGGGAGACUAAGUGGCCCGCAGCUGCCAGCCUCUCUGUUCAGCACAACUCAUGAAACCAGCUUAUACUUUCACAGUGAUUACUCACAGAACAAACAAGGAUUUCAUAUUUUGUAUCAAGCAUAUCAGCUACAAAGCUGUCCUGACCCUCGACCAUUUCGUAAUGGUUUUGUUAUUGGGAAUGACUUUACUGUGGGACAAACUAUUUCAUUUGAGUGUUUUCCUGGCUACACAUUAAUUGGAAAUUCAGCUCUGACCUGUCUUCAUGGCAUCAGUCGUAACUGGAAUCAUCCUCUCCCGAGGUGUGAAGCUCUCUGUGGAGGAAAUAUAACUGCAAUGAAUGGCACCAUAUACUCUCCAGGAUACCCUGAUGAGUAUCCAAACUUUCAAGACUGCUUCUGGCUUGUAAGAGUACCACCUGGGAAUGGAAUCUACAUCAAUUUCACAGUUCUCCAAACAGAGCCAAUAUAUGAUUUCAUAACUGUCUGGGAUGGACCAGACCAAACUUCUCCUCAAAUUGGACAAUUUAGUGGCAACACUGCAUUAGAAUCAGUCUACAGCACUUCCAAUCAGAUUCUGAUCAAGUUCCACAGUGACUUUACUACCAGUGGCUUCUUUGUACUUAGUUACCAUGCCUAUCAGCUCCGGGUCUGCCAGUCUCCAACAAAUAUACCAAAUGCUGAAAUUCUAACUGAGGAUGACGAGUUUGAAAUAGGAGACAUAAUAAGAUACCAGUGUCAACCAGGCUUUACGUUGGUUGGUAAUGAGAUUCUGACAUGCCGACUAGGUGAAAGGCUUCAGAUGGAUGGAGCACCACCUACUUGUCAAGUGCUCUGUCCAGCCAAUGAAAUGCGUCUGGAUUCAACAGGAGUAAUACUGAGCCCUGGAUAUCCUGACAGCUACCCAAAUCUCCAGAUGUGUGCAUGGACCAUUACUGUGGAAAAGGGUUAUAAUAUCAGCAUGUUCUUUGAAUUCUUCCAGACAGAAAAAGAAUUUGACAUACUUGAGGUGUUUGAUGGACCAAAUAGUCAUAGCCCAUUGCUCAUUUCGCUCAGUGGGGACUAUUCGUCUUCUCUAAAUAUAACCAGCAAUGGCCAUGAAGUGUUUCUCCGGUGGUCAGCAGAUCAUGGCACCAAUAAAAAAGGUUUCAGGAUAAGAUAUAUAGCUCUCUACUGUAGCACUCCAGAGUCCCCUCCACAUGGUUUCAUUGUCAGUCAGACAGGUGGACAGCUCAACAGUAUGGUUCGCUGGGCUUGUGACCGAGGUUUUCGUCUCAUUGGGAAAAGUACUGCUGUAUGCAGGAAGUCUCCAUAUGGUUAUUACUCAUGGGAUGUUCCAGUCCCAGCUUGUCAAGCAAUAUCGUGUGGAAUUCCUAAAGCUCCAUUAAACGGUGGGAUAUUAACUACAGAUUACUUAGUUGGCACCCGGGUUACGUAUUUUUGCAAUGAUGGAUAUAGACUGUCAGCCAAGGAAUUUACUACUGCAGUCUGCCAGCCGGACGGUACCUGGAGCAAUCACAAUAAAACACCUCGCUGUGUAGUUGUUACAUGUCCAAGCAUCAAUUCUUUUACACUGGAACAUGGAAGAUGGAGAAUAGUGAAUGGUUCACAUUAUGAGUACAAAACAAAAGUAGUUUUCAGUUGUGAUCCAGGGUAUUAUGGUUUGAGACCAGCAUCAAUUGAGUGUCUUGCUAAUGGCACCUGGAGUUGGAGAAAUGAACGACCUUACUGCCAAAUUAUUUCUUGUGGAGAACUUCCUACACCUCCAAAUGGGAAUAAGAUUGGAACUCAAAUCACAUAUGGAUCUACAGCUAUAUUUACUUGUGACUCAGGAUACAUGCUAGUUGGCUCUGCUGUGAGGGAAUGUCUGUCUUCCGGACUCUGGAGCGGAACUGAGACCAGAUGUUUAGCUGGUCACUGUGGUGUUCCGGAUUUUAUAGUCAAUGGUCAAGUAAUUGGAGAAAAUUAUGGGUACAGAGACACCGUUGUGUACCAGUGCAGUCCUGGUUUUCGGUUGAUUGGUUCUUCUGUACGAAUAUGCCAGCAGGAUCACAACUGGUCUGGUCAGCUUCCAUCCUGUGUGCCCGUUAGCUGUGGUCACCCUGGUAGUCCUAUUUAUGGAAGAACAAGUGGAAAUGGUUUCAACUUCAAUGACGUUGUGACAUUCUUGUGUAAUACUGGGUAUGUUAUGCAAGGACCAACUAAAGCACAAUGUCAAUCUAAUAGGCAGUGGAGCCACCCACCUCCAAUAUGCAAAGUGGUCAAUUGUUCUGAUCCUGGAAUUCCUGCAAAUUCCAUAAGAGAAAGUAAAAUCGAACAUGGAAAUUUCACUUAUGGCACAGUAGUAUUUUAUGACUGUAAUCCUGGAUAUUUUUUAUUUGGCUCUUCAGUUUUAAUUUGUCAGCCAAAUGGCCACUGGGACAAACCUCUACCUGAAUGCAUUAUGAUUGACUGUGGCCAUCCUGGCGUUCCUCCUAACGCGGUCCUGUCUGGAGAUAAAUAUACAUUUGGGUCCACUGUUCAUUAUAGCUGCACAGGUAGACGAUCACUGUUAGGGCAGUCGUCUCGUACAUGUCAGUUAAAUGGACACUGGAGCGGAUCUCUUCCUCAUUGCUCAGGUGAUACAGCUGGUUCUUGUGGUGAUCCAGGUAUUCCAGGUCAUGGUUCUAGAGAAGAAAACAGUUUUAAAAUUAAAAGCAUGGUACAUUUCAGCUGUGAUAUUGGAUAUAUCCUCCAUGGCUCAGAAGAAAGAACUUGUAUGCCAAAUGGAAGUUGGACAGGAAGACAACCUGAGUGCAAAGCUGUGCAGUGUGGUAAUCCAGGAACUACCGCUAAUGGAAAAGUAUUUCGUAUUGAUGGAACUACGUUCUCUAAUUCAGUAAUUUACUCAUGCAUGGAAGGAUACAUACUUUCUGGAUCAUCUGUAAGACAAUGCACUGCUAAUGGAACAUGGUCUGGAUCCUUGCCAAACUGCACAAUUAUCAGUUGUGGAGAUCCAGGAGUCCCAGCCAAUGGCAUGAGAUAUGGUGAUGAUUACGUUGUUGGACAAAAUGUUACUUAUGUGUGCCAACCUGGUUACACAAUGGAAUCAAAUAGCUCCUUAAUUCGCACUUGUACGAGCAAUGGCACGUGGAGUGGAGUAAUCCCAACAUGCAAAGCUGUUACCUGCCCAACUCCUCCGCAGAUCUCUAAUGGAAGGUUGGAAGGAACAAACUUGGACUGGGGAUUUAGCAUUAGCUAUGUCUGCUCUUCAGGAUAUGAACUGUCUUUUCCCGCUGUUUUGACUUGCGUUGGGAAUGGAACAUGGAGUGGUGAAGUACCUCAGUGCUUGCCAAAGUUUUGUGGUGACCCUGGAAUACCUGCUCAAGGGAAAAGAGAAGGCAAAAGCUUCAUCUAUCAGUCAGAAGUCUCUUUCAGCUGUAAUCCUCCUUUUAUUUUGGUUGGCUCCAUCACCAGGAUUUGCCAAGCAGAUGGCACAUGGAGUGGUUCUUCUCCUCGAUGUAUAGAACCUACUCGCACAGCAUGUGAAAAUCCAGGAGUUCCAAGGCAUGGGUCACAAAACAACACAUUUGGCUAUCAGGUGGGAAACGUUGUUCAAUUUCAGUGUAAAAAAGGACACCUUCUCCAUGGCUCAACAACACGAACUUGCCUUCCUGACCUUACAUGGAGUGGAAUCCAGCCAGAAUGUAUACCUCACAGCUGUAAACAACCAGAAACCCCAACGCAUGUUAAUGUUGCAGGAAUGGAUCUUCCCUCUCUUGGUUAUACAUUGAUUUACACUUGUCAGCCAGGAUUCUUCCUGGCAGGAGGGUCAGAACAUAGAGCCUGUAGGUCUGAUGGCACAUGGACUGGGAAAGUUCCAGUUUGUGAAGCUGGUUCAAAAAUAUUAGUGAAGGACCCCAGACCAGCUUUGGGAACACCAAGUCCCAAACUAAGUGUUCCUGAUGAUGUAUUUGCCCAAAAUUAUAUAUGGAAAGGAUCUUACAAUUACAAAAGCAAGAAACAGCCCAUGACUUUGACAGUAACCAGUUUCAAUGCAACUUCAGGAAGAGUAAAUGCAACACUUACAAACAGCAAUAUGGAAUUGCUGCUGUCAGGAGUGUAUAAAAGCCAGGAAGCUCGGCUAAUGCUCCACAUAUAUCUCAUUAAAGCUUCUUCCCAUACAUCUGCGAGCAAGCUGAAAGACGAAAAAUGGGCUAUGGAUGGUUUUGUUUCUGCAGAACCUGAUGGAGCAACAUAUGUUUUUCAAGGAUUCAUCCAGGGUAAAGAUUAUGGACAAUUUGGUCUUCAAAGACUAGGUCUUAACAUGUCUGAGAGUUCAAAUUCUUCUAAUCAGCCACAUGGUACAAAUAGUAGUUCAGUGGCCAUUGCUAUCCUUGUGCCUUUCUUUGCACUUAUAUUUGCUGGUUUUGGCUUUUAUCUUUAUAAACAAAGGACUGCACCUAAAUCACAGUAUACAGGAUGCUCUGCACAUGAAAAUAAUAAUGGACAAGCUGCUUUUGAAAACCCUAUGUAUGACACGAAUGCGAAGUCGGCGGAAGGGAAAGCGGUACGAUUUGACCCCAACUUGAACACCGUUUGCACAAUGGUAUAAUGUGGUAGCGAUGUGUCUUCAAAGUCUGGAAACUGACACAAAACACAGUGCACGCACUGUUCACUGAUUAAAAAAAAAGAAAUUAAAAAAAAAAAAUUAAAGCACACUUUUCAGG